GUCCCGACAGCAGAAUUCACUCGAAAACACGAAUGAAUGGAACAAAAACUGGGAGAGAACUCUCUUUUAACUCUUUCAAAAAAAGAGCCCGAAAGUUGUAUCAAAAUGGCGCAGUAACUCUACAGUCUCUCUGGCGGCCGAACAUACAACAUUUGUGUUGCAUAUAAAUAUUCCGAUCUAUGAUCAAAAGUGUUCAAGCCGUGAAAAUCCUGUCUUCUUAGGGGAAAGAACAACACUUGAAAGUCAUGGAUAGAAGACGCUACUUGAACUUUUCCAAGUCUGAUGGGAAAUCUGAUGUUUCUGGUUCUAAUUCUCUGAAAUUCAAUAAAGGAGGUGAUGGACGUCCUCGAGGCUUUGGCUUUCAGGGGUUUGCUAUUAAUAAGAAGCCUGCAGAACCCCAAAAUGUUAAACCACCUGGAACUGAAACUCUUGGUUUUACACCUGGCAGUACACUUUUUCCUGGCAGAUCAUACGGUUUUCAUACAAACAUUGGAAAGAAAAGAGUAAAAAGUGAAGAAGAAUAUUUUGAUGAUGACGAUGAUGAAAACCUUGAUCUGGAGUACCAACCGGCACCUGGUAGCCCUGGAGUGGACAAAGAAGAAGGUGAUGACAACAGUGAUAGUGAUGAUCCAUUGGAUGCAUUUAUGGCUAAUAUUGAGAAAGAGGUGAAAGAUCAGGACAACAAACUGAAAAAAGAAACCCCAAAGACAGACAAAGGGGUUCGGGAAGAUAUCGAACAGGAAGAUGAUCAGGAAUCGUACUUCCGAUACAUGGAAGAGAAUCCAACUGCUGGUCUGUUGAAAGAUGACGAGGAAAUAGAAGUUGAAUACGAUGCUGAAGGCAAUGCCAUUAUUCCCGAAAAAAUGAAGAGUAUCGACCCUUUACCACCAGUUGAUCACUCUGAAAUCACAUACAUGGACUUUGAGAAGAACUUUUAUGAAGAACAUGAAGAAAUCAACAAAUUAAGUGAGGAACAGAUUGAUGAACUCCGACAAAAACUUGGCAUUAAAGUAACUGGGUUGUGUCCUCCCAAACCCGUUAGCAGUUUUGCUCAUUUUGGAUUUGAUGAAGGGCUCAUGAAUAUCAUAAGAAAAUCAGAAUAUACACAACCCACACCCAUUCAAGCACAGGGGGUACCAGUUGCUUUGUCUAGCCGAGAUAUAAUUGGAAUUGCUAAAACUGGCAGUGGGAAAACAGCUGCCUUUAUUUGGCCAAUGCUUAUACAUUUGAUGGAUCAGAAUGAACUAGAUGAAGGUGAUGGCCCCAUUGGAUUAAUUUUAGCGCCUACUCGGGAAUUAUCCCAGCAAAUCUAUCACGAAGCUAAAAAGUUUGGUAAAGUCUACAAUAUUCGUGUGGUUUGUGCUUAUGGUGGUGGGAGCCUUUGGGAACAAUCAAAGGCAUGUCAGGAAGGAGCUGAAGUCAUUGUUGCUACACCUGGUCGUCUGAUAGACCUUGUGAAGAAAAAAGCUACUAAUUUACGGCGAGUAACAUACUUGGUAUUUGAUGAAGCAGAUAGAAUGUUUGAUAUGGGUUUUGAAUCCCAAGUGCGGUCAAUUGCUAAUCAUGUUCGACCAGACCGUCAAACUUUGUUGUUCAGUGCAACAUUUCGGAAGAAGGUUGAACGUCUGGCAAGAGAUAUUUUGACUGACCCGAUACGUGUGAUUCAAGGAGAGUUAGGGGAGGCCAAUCAAGAUGUUACCCAGCUGGUAGAUGUUUUACCAUCAGCACCGUUUAAAUGGCGAUGGCUACUGAAAAGACUUGUUGAAUUUACUUCUUUGGGCAGUAUAUUAAUUUUUGUGACAAGGAAAAGCAAUGCUGAGGAACUGGUCUCAAAUUUGAAAAGCAAAGAUUUUGAAGUUGGUCUUCUCCAUGGUGAUAUGGAACAGGCUGAACGAAACAAAGUCAUAACAAUGUUUAAGAAGAAAGAAAUUUUAAUCUUAGUGGCUACUGAUGUUGCUUCUCGAGGUUUGGAUAUUCCCUCAAUAAAAACAGUGGUGAACUAUGAUGUGGCCAGAGAUAUUGAUACUCACACUCACCGUAUUGGACGUACUGGUCGAGCAGGAGAGAAAGGUUAUGCAUACACUUUAGUUAAUGAGAAGGAUAAAGAUUUUGCUGGACACCUCGUACGAAACCUUGAGAGUUCCAAUCAGCAUGUACCUCAGAGUUUACUGGAUUUAGCUAUGCAGAAUUCUUGGUUUCGGAAAAGUCGUUUCAAGCAAGGGAAAGGUAAAAAAGUGAAUACUAUGGGUAAAGUUUUUGGAUAUCGGGAACGACCUGGACUAGGGGCAGAAAAUAGUUCUUCAGUGCAGGAAUCUAGUUUCAGUGGUUUUAGACCUGCAACAUCAACUGCUUCAUUAGCCCUGUCUUCUAGGCCACAGAGUGACCGGUUGGCAGCCAUAAAGUCAGCAUUUGCUGCUCAAUUCAAAUCGAAUUUUGUGGCUGCAUCAGAAGAAAACAACACACAAUUAAUGCACCAACCUAAAUUAAGUGAAAAUACGGAGUUACAGCCAGACAGUAAACGCCGUAAAAAAAGUCGGUGGGAUUAACUUUAUCAUUUUUAUCAGUUAAGAGCAAAGUGCUUCUCUCACCAUCAACAUGACACUUUUUACUCAGUUACAGUUACACGCUAUCAACUCCUCCUGAAUGGGACAAUAGUACUACAACUGCCUUUAUUACAGUGUCUGUUUUGUUUCUUAGCCAAUAAAUCCAUCAAUCUUUACUUUUUCUAUCACCUUCUCUCUUCUUAAUCUGUGUAUUUCUUACAGACCUCUCCCUCUAAUUCACACACAUAACGAUUUUUCCCCCCCUUCUUUUCUUCAUUCCUUAAAACUUCCAAAUCACCCUCUCUUCUUGAUUCACCAUAACAUUGUAAAUACAUUACAAUUAAAUUGAAUGCAUUUAUAUUUUCUGAAAAAAAAAACAAGUAUAAAAAUGUAAAUAGGCUGCCCAUUUAGGACCACCUACUUAUUUUAGCACUACAUUUAGAUAUUAUGAAGGACAUAAAAGUAUAAUUUAUAUAUAUAUAUCCACAUCCUUGGUGCUGAGAUUUCUUUCUACCCAUCACCUGCUUCCAUAUUAUGUUAAUCACAAUCAUACAUUUGUUAUAAGAAGUAGUAAUAUUUCAAGUAUUUAGUUUUGAAAUCAAAAUAUUGGUUCUGGAGUCACAUGUCUUUGUCAGAUGUUUUUUUUUUUUAUAAUAAUUUAUUCUUUUUCAUCCUAAUCUGUCCCCAGAUUGUUGUGUGAGAGAUGAACUUAACCAGUGAUUCACUAACUAACAUCACUUGAAUAUUGAUUUACAAGUUCUCUCAAUGUUUGAUCUUUAAUCUCAUGUGAUUAUCUUCCUCAAAAUAUUGUCUUUUUCCCUGGUGAACAACAACAACAAUUAGCAGCUUGCUCUUUUUUCAAUAUAUUAGGAAUGGAAACCAAGUCGUAUCAUUUCUCUCUCUUCUCAUUAUCAUGCCAAUUUCAUACUAUGUUGCUAACUACAGGUCAGCUUAAACUUCUGUUAAUAUCUGUAUAAGAGCAGUUAUACAAAAUAUGAACAAUAUGAACAUAAGUUUGAUCUCUAGUUAGACAUAGUGUACAAGGAUACAGAAGAAACCUUUUACAGAUAUAAUCUGACUAUUUUUAAUUAUUUUUAGCUGUUUUAUGCCAUUUGAAAGUAUUGCAGGUUGAAUGAACUGCUAGUAGUGCCACUGUUGCAGAACCUCAUUGGAAAGGAAGGAUAUUCUGAAAUAGUGUCUUAAAUGUAAUUCUAGCUCCAUAACAAGACUUGAACCUUAAACAAUACAAUACUCCUGUUGUCCAAACAGAAUUAUAUUCUCAUGACAUUUAUUUAUUGGUUCUUUUGACUAAUCCUGCAAAAGUUAAAGGUCUCGGACAUUGACAUGACAUGGUGCCAGUGAUGUGGAACCCUUCAGUCAGCAAUAUAACAUAUCAUUUCUCAACCAUCCCUGACUUUUGAUAAAUAGUAAUAACUUUAUGGAAACUUGUUUGUUUGUUUAGUGCCACUGCUAGCUUUAGCAUUUUUAUCAUAUCAAGUGAUGGUUUCCAUGUGUCUUCCAAUUGCUUCGAAUAGGCAAGACAAUUAUAAAUUAUGUUAAUCUGCCUAUUGUGAAAGCAUUUCAGGAUUAUUCAAUAAUAAAAAAAACUGGCUUAGCAUUUGAUGAGGGAAAUAUUUCUAAUAUAUUGAUAAGAUAUUGGAAGAUUAUCAGUAGCCUUUUUCUAUUAAGAAAAAACAAAUCCUUCAAGUGUGAAAUUAAAGAUUACCUCUGAGGUUUACACAACAAGCGUGUGUAGAUGAAACACUUACAGGAUUUUCAAGGAUUAAUACUCCAAAACAAAACGGAGUUGAACAGAGUUUCUCUUUAAUGAAAGAGAGCAACACAUGUUUAUAGCCUGGUUGUUUUUUUAUAAUUUCCACUACGUUGUUUUAAUCUUCAAGAAUUAGUCCAGCUGAACUCAAAACUAGAAAUGGAUAGAUCAUUUAAACCAUGACACACACUCAGAUUUGCAAAUAUGUAGGUUUAGAUGUUGGUAGUAAUAUUUAAGUGUUUAAAGCUCUGUUUUCUUGCCCUUAUUAAUAUAUUCUUAAAAUGGUUUUAAUUUCUCUUUAUUUAAAGCAUUGACCAUGUGACAGGUUCUUGUGAACCAAUGACAAUGUUUUGAAUAAUCAGGCAUAGCUGUGAUAUGAGGUGUUUCAGCUGUGACCAUAAUGUCUAUGAUUACAUGAUGCAAUGUAGCUUAUUUUUAAAGUAGUAGGGUGUGAUUUAAGGUAGGUUUUAUUGUUUCUAGAAGGUAUAGAGAUCAUAUAGAAGCUGCCUUAUUGGCUUGAACUAAGUAAUUUCCAUGGUAACAAUGUUUCAGGUGACUGACCGAAAUGCAAGAGAAAAUUUCAUUCAAAGGUGGUUCUGUUUGUAGCUCAUUGCUACAAAUGUUAACAUGUGUUCAUUAUUCAAAUCCAAGUUUUGUAACAGCUCUCUGUCUAAGAAUUAAAAUUUUAUUUUUUAAAAACUCUUGGAUAAAUACAUCUAAGAGUGCCCUUAGCUUCUUUGAGGCUAAUUUUAGAUUGUAAUUGAUAAAUCUAAGAUCUAUUCUUAAUGGUUUAAUUUUUUUUUAAUAUUAAAUACACUAGUCUUGAAAUCUAAUUGCUGGCAAUCAUUAUAGUGAUGAGCUCCCAAUAAACUGAAUCUGGGCAGCCCAGUUUUAUUUUACAGUUGUUAACCAUGUCACUUCACUUCCAUUACUAAUAUCCUCAAACUGUCAUGUCCUCUUCCCUAUAAAUUCGAAUUACUGAAUGUAAAAUGGAGACUCUUGUAUCUCUUUAAGAACAAAAAAUACAUCCAGUAACAAGUUUUAUUUAUUUUUUUUUGUUGUCCUUUUGAAAUAUUUUUACUGUACAAUGUAAAAACAAUAGCUCAAUAUUAGUCUUUCAGACACAAUAUGAUGCUGAUAUUUCACUGUUCUUCUUACUUUACUGGAGAAAAAAAAAAUGAAAUAAUACCUUUGACAUUUCUCAGCUGUCCUCAAAUUUGUUAACAAAUUGUAGUUUGUAUUUGUUUUUAAUAAAGAUGUGGACUACGUGGCUCUCAUCCCCUUCCCAACAAUUUGAUGUUAUUUUCUGAAUGAAAAUAAGAAAAUAUAUUAAACUGAUAAAAGCAUGUUCUAUAUGAAAAUAAAUAAUUCAGCCCUGACAUUCUUAGAGCUGAGAAUUUUAGAGUAA